AUGUUCUUCCGCUGGUCUCGGUUAUGGACGCUGCUCUGCCUGCUUCUGGUAAUACAGCAAGUCAGUGGCGAGAUCUUCGGAUUGGCUCCACGACAAGAUGAUGAGCAACCACCAAAGACAACAGCUAUCGAGUCCGACGCAACAACACGAGAGAGUGAACAGGCCACCAAGACGGAGGCUUCUGUCAAGAAGACUGAGGCUCGAGAAACCACAUCAGCCGAAGCCGAGUCCAAGACCGAGUCCGUUUCAGUUACCACCACCGAAAGCGAGGGAACUGAAACUGAGACCGCCGACGCUACAUCAACAAGCGGAGCUCUUGAAGACGACGCCGGCUUCAACUCGACUCUCUUCAAUGCCACAAUCCCUGCUGGUCAACUGCCCAUUACGCCGGUACUUACUCCUGGCUGGGGCGUUGCUGGUACCAUCCUCCUCCUGACCGGCAUUGCGCAUGCCCUGGUUGGUAUCAGGAACCGAAUGGUUCACACCUUCUUUUCGACCGCGUUUUCUGCCGCAUUGGGCGUUACCGUGCUCAUCGUCUACGUUAUGAAACCCGAAGUGAGCGAUGGUCUACAGGGAGGUUAUGUGGUCGCCGUCGUGCUCUCAGGAUGUCUUCUUGGUGCGGCUUCCAUGUUCUUUCGAGAAAUCACCGAAGGGCUUGGCUGCGCAUUGGGUGGCUUCUGCGUUAGUAUGUGGCUCCUGUGCCUGGUUCCUGGCGGUUUGCUCGGACCUGUCGCAUCCAAGGCCAUUUUUAUCGCCUGUUUCACUUUUGGUGGCUUCGUCUUCUACUUCAGCCACUACACUCGAGACUGGGCUUUGAUUCUCAUGAUCUCCUUUGCCGGUGCUACAGUCACUGUGAUAGGUAUCGAUGCCUUCAGCAGGGCCGGUCUCAAGGAGUUCUGGGCCUACGUUUGGGAUUUGAACGAUGACCUUUUCCCUCUUGGUGCUGAUACUUACCCGGUCACCAAGGGUAUUCGAGUGGAGACAGCAGCGAUUAUCAUCAUCUUCCUCUUCGGUAUCGUUUCCCAAAUUAAGCUGUGGAAGGUUGUUCGAGAAAAGCGCGAGAAGAAGGCAGAAGAGGAGGCUGAGGGCCAGCGGAACCUCCGGGAAGAGGAGGAAAAUGUCGGCCGAAACAUUGAAGAGGCCAACGCUCGAGAACGACGUCAAUGGGAGAGAGUCUAUGGAGAUGGCGAUAUCGGAAGCUCAACAGCCUCGCGCACUUCAGAUGACGGCGAGAUCUCAACGGAGAAGAAGCACCGCGACAGCCAGACCGACUCUUCAAAGAGACAGUCCGCUUCAAUCGUCGAGGUUAUUGAAAUGACGACCAUGACAGAUCCAGAGCCCCCGAAGAAGCCAACCCCCGUCACCUUGAUGUCCUCGGAACAAGACAUGGACGGCAGAGUGACGGUUCGCGUUGCCUCGGAUGAUAUUGCUCGACCUCUGAGCCAGGUUGAUGAGAAGGCUCCCAUCGUACACCAUGAUACCCUCUCAGUUGCCAACGAGUCUGUCGACAGGCGCGUGUCUCAAUCCUCAUCGGCUCCCAGGUCUCCCGCUCCUCAAGUCAUCCCUCUUCCGUUCACGAUUCCCGUUGCCGCCGAUGAUGAUGACGCCAUCUCCGAUGCCGAACGAUCCUCAGUCGCAACCUUUGCCGAUGACGAAGAUGCCGAGCCCCCUACUCCCGGUCACCGCCAGUCGCUUGCUAAGAGACUAUCUCGUCUUUCUCGUGGAUCGAUGGAGUUGCUGGGCAACAUCUCGCAUCGAUCUAGCCGUGUCCUUGGCGAAGACCAUGAACACGGCCAUGUUCACAGUGGAAGCACUGAGGAUCUUGUGAUCCCACGUUCCCGGCCUCGUGACGAUGAUGGCUCAGUCGCGGCGACCGUCGAUGACGAGAGUCUGAGUGCUGGCGACCGCCGCUCCCUGCCCGGCACUGAACCACCCAAGAGCAUUGAGAUCAAUGCCGAGCUCUCUGGAAAGGAUGAUCAUAGCAAGUUGAGCCCGACCCCGAGUCAUCAGACCAAGUUCCUCGAUGUCGACACGACUAGCAGCGCUGCUAAGCCUAUUAAGGCCGAGCAUACGGAGGAGCAGGCUUCUGAGGCCCUUGACAAGGCCAAGUCCGCAACUUCCGGUUCUUCGACCCGUCUCAGCUUGACGAAGGAUCGCCUGCCAAGGUCAUUGUCUAAAGUUGCCUUGUCCUAUCGAACCAACGAAUGGGCCAAGCACUUGAGCCAAGCUGACGCCCCAGAGCCUGACGACAUUCACAUCGACGUUCCUCGAAGCCCUGCGGUGCCGACUAUCGAAACACCCGCUCCCGUUCAUGUCAAUGAGCUGCAAAAGUCAGCUCACGAGGGAACGCCCGCACCUGCUAUCGCACGAUCCGACUCUCAGGUGUCUAACAUGUCUCAUUCUGCCUCUCGACGCAGUGUGAGGCAAAAUGUCCCCGCAGCUCUCGCUAUCCUCAACGGCGAGGGACAAAACCGUAGCCCAGGCACGACGCCUACCAGUGCCGGUGUACCUCGAUCUGCCUCCAUGGGCCUGCGUCGAACAUCGAAUGGCAUUGAGCCGAUUGCCGAGGAGCGUGAUGCUCCUAGUCUGACUCCUCCCAUCCCUGAGGGACAGGCUGUACGAUCUCAUUCUCUUAGCCCGGCUCCUAUGCCAGAUGCCCACCGUUCGUCCACUCCGGGUCUCGUCUCGUACUCGAGCCCCCAGACUCUUCUCGGCCAGCGCGAGGUGUACCUCCGCAACAAGUCUCAAGGAAACCUCCUGGCAAACCCAUCCGAAGUCAGCUUGAACAACCCGUACAGAGCUUCCAGUGAUGCGGGUUCUCUCAACAACUAUGCCAUGUACGCUGCCGGUGUUGGUGCAGAUGUAGAUGAUCUACCUCUGAGCCAACGAAAGCAACUCAUGCGCCAGAGCAGCUUGAACCCAUCAGCCUCUACACCUUCGUUGCAGCGUCUUAGCGGUGGAAGCGGUAGUGGCGGCAUUGGUGUCAACAGCUCAGAAGCGCCCUUUGACUCUCACCAGCCCAAGCGCGUGUCCACACUCCCUACUUCUGCUGAGCGCGAGGCCCGUAUGGCCAACUUCCGAGAGAGUGUCCGCCAGGACCGUCUUGCGGGUGCCCCAGUUGUCAACAGCACAGGACGCGAGACCCCAUUCACGCCGAUGUCGCUCCUGGCCGGCAGGGAAACCGAGGUUCAGCGCAACGUCGAGAUGAGCCGCAACAUUCUCAUGAGCCAAAAGGAGGCUGAAGCCCAGCGACGUGAGAUGGAGCAGCGAGAGAAGGAGUGGAAUGAUCGAGCCUUUGACGAGCGCAUGCGAAGCGGCGAUCUUCUCGGAAUCCACCGCGAAGCCAUGCGAAAGAUGCAGCGAAACGCCAAGGACAAAUGA